GACAUUCGAUCCACCCUUCAUCCGUUCCGAGCUCAGGAUCGCUAUUGCAUCAAUCAACGCCUGUGCUGAUACAGUAUUAUCACCGACACUGCGGGAAGCCGGCGCCAAAUCUCAGGGUUAUCAACGCUCCACCCACCUGGAGCUGGACCCUUCACAGCUCACUUAGGCCAAGCCGAGGGCCGAGUCUACCUUCUCUUUUGGACACCCACAUCGGACCACUCCCGAACCUGUAGGCUGCUUUCCCAUGCGGCGAGGGUCAUACGUCUAGCCCAGGACCUUGCCACUCCAUUUUCUGCGCUGUACGCCACUGUACCCCUCUGCAAUACUUUCACGUGCGCGGUGUACAGUAAGCUUGGACAUAAGCUCUUUCUCACCAGCAGUCUUACUUCGUCCCCGAUACACGGCGCACUUGGUGGUUACAUGCCGUAGAUUGAGCAAGUUACUUCGACCUCAUAAUAGCCCCGCAUCAUGUGGGCCGAAGUCAACGGAGAGCGCAAGAAGGUCGCCUGCGGUCCGUGCAUUCGCGGUCAUCGCUCGUCGAAAUGCGAUCACCGAGAUCGAGUGCUGGUUGAGGUCCGGAAGCCUGGUCGGCCGUUGAGUAGCUGUCCACAUCCUACUGGAUCCUGCAGUUGCGAGCGUGUUGUUAUCAACUACACGAUUCCCAAAACGUCAGAAUGUGCUUGUCCGUCAGAACGAGCUCCGCCCACAGCUACCGUUGCAGGAAACAGUCGGAUUACGAAGAGUAGGCGUAAAUCGGCUGCGCCCACCCCUUACAACCUCGAGAAGGCUAUCCAGGCUGGCUUCGACGCCAAAACCGAAACCUCAUCCGUCACGUACACACCCUCCGAAACAAGCAAUAGUAAUGGAGCAUCACUUCCGUCAAGUGCGAGCUCAACGCCACGUCUUCUUCCUGCACAGAAUGAGCCCGUCUCAAGUUGUUGCAAGCCAAAGCCUGUCCUGUCGCCGGUCCAAGAAGGAGGGUGCUGUGGCAGCAAGCCAAAGCCAGUUGUAGAGCCGCCAGUUCAAAAGAAGUCUUGUUGCUCAUCACGCAAACAAGAAGAUGCGCCUGUCAACAGCCAAUCACACGGUUAUCAACACGUGGGACACCAGUUCCAGUUUCCCGCCCAAGCAGUGGUUCCACAGUACCAAAACUUUCAUCCACAAACACCAUCAGCUGCGUCGAACCCUUUCGGCCUUGGCACUCCAAUCUACAAUCACGCGGCUGCAGCCUACCAUCGGCAGAACUCUGUGUCUAUGAGCCCAGUCACGAACAAUUCGAUGUCUCCGUCUGUCGCCAGUCCCCAAAUCGGGCAACACGUCCCUGAACACAAUUGUCACUGUGGAGAGUCAUGUAGCUGCUUUGGAUGCGCAGCCCAUCCCAAUAACGCUACGAUGAUGGAGUAUGUCCGGAUUAUGGCCCAUUUUCAAUACAACGGCGGGUUCGGAGGCAUGGCGCCACCUCUCUACGACAUGCCUACAUACCCACAUCAACCCGGAUACGGAGCGGAAGCCAACAUGAGUUUCAACGCAAUGCAGCAAGGCUUAACAACACCCACACCAACGCAAAUGAGCUUUCAACAAAGCAUGGAUAUGCCAAAUAUGGUGCAGGUACCAAUGGCAUUGCCCGGGAACUGGCCACAACAACUAACUCCUUCACCAAGCCAACCACAGCAGGCCCAAUUCUCGACUUCGAGCAGCCUUAGUUACAACACACCUCCCAUGCCGGCGCCAGGUGAUACAAAAAUGCGGAAACCAAGUGACUCCAUGGAUUCACCCGCAGCCAGUAGUCCCAGCGAUACCAAAGAUGAAGAUACAGUGACGCUAUCGCCAUCAUCCUACUUCUGGAACGAAAUGACCUUGCCAAGCUGCUCAGACGCGUCUGGUACUUGCCAAUGUGGCGAUGGCUGCGCAUGUGUUGGUUGUCUUACACAUGGCGGUCACACCGGUGAAUCUCUCGAUGACACUGGAACAGCAGCGGAACAUGAUCCGUUCCUCAGUUUCGACACAAGCCUCGCGCUCAACAUGAACGACCCAACGGAUUUUCUCAACUUCAAUCCAGAUCCGAGCUGAGACACUUAGCCACUAAACCGUUUAUUCUUGCCUUGGUCAACGACGAUCAUUUUGCCUCACACUAAAGCGAAGCGCGAUUGCGCGAAGCUUACGGGGAUAUACACUAGAAUUAUGC